AUGUCCCCAUCACCCCAGCCGCACAGGGGUGCUCGUGGAGCAAGGGCUCGUAUCUGCAUACACUGCGGUCGGAGCUUCCGACGAACUGAGCAUUUGGAGAGACACAUUCGCACUCACACCAAAGAGAAGCCGUUCAUCUGCUUCUGUGGGGCGGCCUUUACUAGAAGGGACCUAUUGAAGCGUCACACACGUAUAUCACAUCAAGAUAGCGUGAACUCACCGACGCCGCCCGAGCCAACGACGAAGCCGGAUUUCCAGCCAACACAUCAGCCGGCAUCGAUUCCCCCGGAAUAUGAUACACCACCUAGUUCCGUACCGGUGGGACCCCUUGCAGGAUCAUCGGCUGUGCACCAAUGGGGUGGGUCACAGAACACACCUUAUUUAGAGCAGCAUCACAAUGCCGGCAUGCUGCCUGCUGCUACUGCAGCUCCACACCCUGCCAUUGACCCGCAUACGGGUAUGGUACAUGACCCGGAUAUGCUUCAAGCUGCCCAGCUGCUUCUCCCAGGUGACUACCGACCUACAGCACAACCGAUGCCCUACUUGCCUGAAGAUUUGAAUCAUUUCCAGGAAUUUACCCACUUCUUGGAUUCCAUUGGCUUGCCGGGGGAAUGGGUUCCUAGCGAAGGCGAAAGAUCUCAGACACAGGAGGUCAAUCUGGAAGACCUGAGAGAGACAGUCCGACAGACCCAAGAGCACCACGAGCGGCGUAGAAGAAGUGGAGAAGGCUCCCGAGGGGACUCACCAUUCAGAUCAUGGCUUCCAUCUGUGCCGAGGGGCGACCAAAGCCUAGGAACCCUGUCUGAUUCUGAACCACCCCAAAACGCGAAAAGGCCGUCACGAUUCAAUGUCACCGAAGACCAACGGUUUCGGCUUGCGGCAUCUCUCGAAGAAUUUCGCCAUGUCAUUCCGGACUUCGUACUGCCGUCUCGUCACACAUUGACUCGGUACCUCACAUCCUAUUUUGAAGGAUUCCACCCACAUCUUCCAUUUAUGCACAUCCCAACUUUCAAUAUCAAUGAUCGCGCCCCCGAGGUGGUUCUUGCUAUCAUGACGAUUGGAGCUCAGUAUAGAUUUGAGCACCGCAAUGCAGAAAGAAUAUUCCACGUUUCCAAAGCUGUUCUAUUUGAACGAAUGUCGAGAGAGCCCCGUUUUCCAGCCAAGCCAAGUUACAAUUCAGGCUCUCAAGUACCGCUAGGGAUAUCACCUUAUUCCAACUUUGAUCAAUCUCUUACACAACCACAGGUGUCAGCGGAAAGAACUGCUGUUUGGAAACAAAUUGAAAUUACUCGCUGCCUUCUCAUCCUGAUGGGCUACUCUACGUGGGAAAGUGCGAGGCUGGUACAAGAAGCCUUUCAUCUUCAAGGCUUGUUGGUUCGGCAUCUCCGCGAGGCUGGUCUGACAGAAGAUACAAUACGCUCUGAUCCACGCACACCGCUCGACUGGUACGAAUGGGCAGACCAAGAAUCCGCGCGGCGUACAAAGUUGAUUGCAUUCUGCUUUAUACAUGUUCACAGCGUUGCAUACAAUGCUUAUCCAUCUCUGCGCAGUAAUGAGAUACACCUGCGUCUUCCAUGCUCAACCGUCGAAUGGACCGCCAGCACCGCUGCGGAAUGGGAAGCAGCCCAAAGAGAACGAGGCCCCCAACAGCUGUUCUUCCAAGACGCAUUAACACUUCUCUUGCAAAAGUCCCGAUCAGCCAUACCACUAGACCCUAUUCCCGCGCCAUUGGGUAACUAUAUCCUCCUGCACGGACUCCUACAACGAAUCCACCUCGUGAGUGAGCUAUCGUUACCAAACGGAAACCAAUCCACGACUCUCCCAACAGAGGAACUGAAUAAAUUAGAGCAAGUCCACUACUCACAAAUGUCCCCCAAAUCCAACUCUAACAACCUGUUUCAUAGACGAGCUCUCCGAUCCUGGACCUCCGUGUGGCAACAAGCCCCAGAAUCCAGUCUAGAUCCGCAGAACGCAAACGGUCCAAUCCCAUUUACCUCCAGUGCAUUCCUGGGGCUCGCAUACGUCCGCCUAUCUCUGAAUCUCGGUCCUCACCGCCGCCUCGAAACCCGCGACCCGACAAUAAUAGCGACGGCACUCCGCCGCUCACCCCGGCCAGAACGAAGCUAUCGUCUCAUUCCGGCACUUAUAUACGCCGCUCAUGCCCUCAGCAUCCCCGUGCGCCUGGGCAUAGAUCACAUCGCUCGGAGUCAAGCCUUCUUUUGGAGCGUUCGGCACUCGCUAGCUAGCAUUGAAUGUGCAGUAUUGCUAAGCAAAUGGCUGUUUACCAUUGCUGAGGCGGGACCGGAUCAGUCUUUGAGUGAAAACGAAACCCGGAUUUUACGCUGGACCCGUUGCAUCAUUGAGGAGGCAUAUUCGUCUAUUGAUACAGAUGAUGGCGAGGCACCGCCAGAUCUGGAACCGGCUUCUUUGGGAUUGGCUGUUCUUAAGUUAUGGGCUAGGUUAUUUGGGACAAAUACUCAGUGGCCGUUUAUUAAUGUUCUUGGACAGAGCUUGGAAGAGUAUAUGACUAUGAUUUGA